GCAGGCGCCUGCAGUCCCAGCUACUCGGGAGGCUGAGGCAGAAAAAUGGCGGGAACCCGGGAGGCGGAGCUUGCAGUGAGCCGAGAUCGUGCCACUGCACUCCAGCCUGGGUGACAGAGCGAGACUCCGUCUCAAAAAAAAAAAAAAGCCACGCAUGGUGGUGGGCGCCUGUAAUCCCAGUUACUCGGGAGGCUGAGACAGGAGAAUCGCUUGAACCCAGGAGGCGGAGGUUGCAGUGAGCUGAGAUCACGCCACUGCACUCUAGCCUGGGCGACAGAACAAGACUCUGUCUCAAAAAAAAACAAAAAAAAUUUAGAGGGGCGUACACGCCUGUAUUCCCAGCACUCCAGGAGGCUGAAGCAGGAGGAUCGCUAGAACCAGGGGUUCAAGACUGGGGCGAGCUAUGAUGGUGCCCCUGCACUCUAGCCUGGGCGACAGGGCGAGACUGUCUCAAAAGAAAAAAAGACCAGGCGCGGUGGCUCACACCUGUAAUCCUAGCACUUCAGGAGACCAAGGCUGGAGGAUCGCUGGAGCCCAGGAGUUCCAGACCAGUCCUGGCAACAGAACUAGACCGUGUCUCCAAAAAAAAAAGAAAGAAAAAAUAGAAACCUUAGCUGGGCUUGGUGGUGCGCAUCUGUGGUCCCAGAUACUCGGGAGGCUGAGGCGAGGGGAACACGUGAGCCCAGAAGGUUGAGGCUGCAGUGAGGUAUGAUCGCGCCACUGCACUCCUGCCUGGGCAACUGAGCAUGACCCCUCCUCAAAGCUAAUGGCGCUUCAAAAUUCUGCAGUGCAAAGAAGUUGCUGGGGUUGCGGGGCGGAGAACCGCCAGGAGGCUGGAGCCCAGGCAGCCUCCUCGGGCACACGGUGAAGGCGCCGGAACUACAGCUACCUCCGCGGCGCCGCUUCGGCCGCCAUAUCUGGCUACACGGGAACCGCAGAGGACAAACUCCCACCCGCGUUUUCGAUUUCUGCGCUUUCUUCGAGUGAGGCAAGACCUAGCAGAGGCCCAAAGUAGAGCGCGGCUAGGAUUCGAUUGAGGGAAACAUAAAGGAUAGCCUUUGGAGGGUGGCGGGCAAGGACCCCGUCCCUCCCUGCCAGGAGCAGCCUCAUGCGGACCGAGCCGCUGUGCGGGGCAUCCCCUCUGCUGGUGCCCGGCGACCCCUACUCCGUGGUGGUUCUGCUGCAGGGCUACGCGGAGCCAGAGGGGGUGGGCGAUGCCGUGCGCGCCGACGGCUCCGUGACCCUGGUCCUACCCCAGACCCGGGGCCCGGCCUCCAGCCACCGAGAGUCCCCGCGCGGGAGUGGCGGCGCAGAGGCCGCCCUGGAGGAGGCGGCCCGUGGCCCCAUCCUGGUGGACACCGGGGGCCCCUGGGCUCGGGAGGCGCUGCUGGGGGCGCUGGCGGGGCAGGGCGUGGCCCCGGGAGACGUGACGCUAGUGGUGGGGACCCACGGGCACUCGGAUCACAUCGGGAACCUGGGGCUGUUCCCAGGCGCGGCUCUGCUGGUCUCGCACGACUUCUGCCUUCCCGGAGGCCGCUACCUGCCCCACGGGCUGGGUGAGGGGCAGCCCCUGCGCCUGGGCCCGGGGCUCGAGGUGUGGGCCACGCCGGGCCACGGGGGCCAGCGCGACGUGAGCGUGGUGGUGGCCGGCACGGCUCUGGGCACCGUGGUGGUGGCGGGAGAUGUGUUUGAGCGAGAUGGGGACGAGGAUUCGUGGCAGGCACUGAGUGAAGACCCCGCAGCCCAGGAGCGGAGCCGGAAGAGGGUCCUGGUCGUUGCCGACGUGGUCGUACCUGGUCACGGGCCCCCCUUUCGAGUGCUAAGGGAAGCCUUGCAGCCCGAGACGGAGGGUGGAGGGAACAGCCAGCAGGAGCCGGUGGUCGGAGACGAGGAGCCCGCCCUGCACUAAUCAGCCUCGAGAGGGACUGCACUCUUGUCAGGGAAGCCCUAACAGCGAGGAGCUGCUGGAGACAGAGUCAGAGCAGUCAAGGGUGGGAGCUUCCAGCCCUUCCAGGAGGCCAGUUUUCCAGUGAGGACAGAGUGCACCUGACACUGCCAUCACAUUGUCAGUAUCACUGCCUGUCUCUGCCACCAAACUAAGAUCAAAGGAGGGGCUCAGCUCCCUGUGCAUUCUCCCUGGGCCUCAGUAAAAUGGGAGAAGAUUCCUGGGAGGGGCCUCCAAAAUAAAAAUGGAAACUGCAUUGAAAA